AUGGCAGCCCUUUAUGUGCAAGAGAUUAACGAGGUGCUGAAUGUUAGUAACUUAACGUUUAUUUACAAGGAUUUACUCGGAUACACGACAGACAUUCCAGAACCGGUUACAAUAGAGAAAUCUUUACAAAACACUCGAUUUGUAGUCCAAGGUGUUCUAACCCCGGUUAUUGUGACCAUUGGCCUCCUAGGAAACUUCCUCAACAUCAUUGUCCUAUUCCAGCCAUCAAUGAGAACGUCGACAAAUGUAUACCUCUUGGUUCUGUCACUAGCGGAUAGCGUUUUCUUGGUCUUCAACUUCGCUCUGUCCAUUCUUGACUGUCGGAAAAGAGGACUGCACGACAGCGCUUAUUUGUUCAACCCAUACGGGAGAUUUGUGAGUAAUUAUUCCGGAAAUGUGGGAGUAUGGGUAACUGUUGUGUUUACGGGAAAAGUAUGGUGCACGGUAACCCGAGCCGAAAUUGCUUCGCUUUCGGUAGUGAUUCUUGCGCUGAUCAACACAAUACCGACUUUAUUUGAACUCGAGGUCGUCAACACAGUUUUGGGCCCUCGCUGUAGCCCCACGCAGUUUGCAAGGAGUUUUAGCUACGAGAUUGGCUACUCAUGGUGGUACGUCCUUGUGUUUACCUUCAUUCCUUUCAUCUGUUUAACAAUAUUCAACUGCGUUCUCAUCCGGGCCCUUUUCGUUGCUGCCAGGAAACGACAGCAAUUGGCCCUUGUCUCUACAACCAUAAGCAAAAGCCAAGACGCUAACACGAAGAACAAAAAGGACAAUCAUCAGCACGUUGUCCAGGACAACAAUUCUGUCACUCAGAUGUCGGAAAGGUCUUCCUCAAACUCCAACACGCCUUCGUUUAGGGUCAAGCUAAAACCCCGCCAAAACAGACGAUCCACACGAGAGCAGAACAAAGUGACGAUAAUGUUGAUUACCAUUGUAAUGAUAUUUCUGUUCUGUCAGUUGCCUUGGACGGCGUUGUAUUUGUACCAGACUUACCUCUCCAGUAACAACAUCGCAGGCAGCUCUACAGCAUUAAAAAUUGCAGGCAACAUCUGUAAUCUCUUGCAGCUAGUUAAUGCCUCAGUUAAUUUUUAUUUAUACUCCUGUUUUAGUAAACGAUUCCGACAUACGUUGGCGAAAUUAAUGCUCUUUUGGCGCCUUUCCAAUUCUUCUUCCCCUACAACAGUUUAA